UACUGGUGCAAGGCAAUGGCGCUGCAACCAAAUUUUGAAGAGAUCUUGGGCUGCCAAGGGGCUCUCUUCGAGUGGGUCGAAAGCUAUGAUAGCAAAGAUUGGGAGCGGCUGUCACGAUGCAUCGCCCCAACUCUUCGUAUUGAUUACACAUCCUUCCUGAACAAACUCUGGGAAGAUCUCCCAGCCGCCGAGUUCAUUUCCAUGGCUUCCAAUCCGCACGUCCUGGGAAACCCACUCCUCAAGACACAGCACUUUGUCGGAGCUACCAAAUGGGUCAAAAACAGUGACACCGAAAUCACUGGGUACCACCAAAUGCGCGUCGCUCAUCAAAAAUAUGAGAAUGAAGACAUGAAAGAUGUUGCUGUGAAAGGGCAUGCGCACGGGAAAAGCACUAUCUGCUAUCGAAAGUUGGAGGGUGUCUGGAAGUUUGCAGGCUUGGAGCCAGAUAUCAGAUGGAGCGAGUAUGAUCAUGAUAAGAUUUUCGAGCAUGGUAGGGAGGAGGGUGUCUAG